AUGGCGCCAUUUUUGGACACGCCCUCGUGUGACGUCUUUCCAGAACUUGGUCUCGUGACAGCGGGUUCAUUUGUCAGCUGUUAGCAUCGCCACCGUCUCGGUCUGUAACGGUCAUGUUAUUCAGCUAGCUAAAGGAAAAAACACUUACGAAAUCAUUUCAACGACCACUGAGGAUGUUGUCCCGUCUUCUGAAGGAGCACCAGGCGAAGCAAAAUGAGCGGAAGGAGCUGCAGGAGAGACGCAGGCGUGAAGCUAUAGCUGCAGCCACCUGUUUGACAGAAGCCCUGGUAGACCACCUCAACGUUGGUGUUGCUCAGGCAUACAUAAACCAACGUAAGCUUGACCAUGAGGUGAAGACUCUACAGGUGCAGGCGAGCCAGUUCUCCAAACAAACUGCUCAGUGGAUCAGUAUGGUGGAGGGUUUCAACCAGGCCUUAAAGGAAAUUGGUGACGUGGAGAACUGGGCCCGCAGUAUUGAGAUGGACAUGAGGACCAUUGCCACAGCUCUGGAGUACGUACACAAGGGUCAGCUUCAGUCUGCCUCCUCAUGAAAUGAAUGACGUGAAAGGUGUUUACAGCUGAAACAGAAAUCUGGUCGUGGACUGUCGUCAGCACAGAUAGAAGCAGUAGUGACUCCUCUCAGAGGACUGAUGCUGAGCAUUACUUUGUCCAGAGAAACGUUGAAGUUGCAUUUUACAGCUAACUGCACCCGUGCAUCACUGUUGAAGUGUUUGUGUGAGGAACAGUAUUAACCAGGGUAACCACACACGGAUGCUGAUAUAAAAAUAAGAUCUUUCUCUGACUUUGUUGCAUGUUAAGUUAGUUAUGUUAGUUCACCUGCUUCUAAUGAGUAACAGGUUUAAGGAGCCACAGAUUGUCACCCUUUCAUUGUCUGCAGUGUCUCCUAACAGCAUUUUUGGGAAUGUUGCUGAAAACUGAGUCAUGUAUGUCUGUGUGUGUGUUAUACAUCUGUGUCAGACAACACAACGUUUUGUUACAAUUUGUUGAUGGAACAUUGUUUUUAAUAAAUUCUUCUUAAAAUGCA